AUGUCUUCAAAUAAAGUUACCGAAAUAAUCUUCCUUGGAACAGGAACAUCUUCGGGAGUACCUGUCAUAGCUUGUUUAACUGAUCCCGAGCAGAAUUGUGAAACUUGCAUGUCAACCUUAACGCCUGAAGGAGAGGUUAAUGUAAGAAGAAAUACAAGUUUAUUAGUUAGAGUAAAUCACGAAGAUGGUAGAGUUAGGAAUAUUGUAAUUGAUUGUGGCAAAACGUUCUAUGUAUCUGCAUUAAAAUGGUGGCCAUAUCAUAAGUUGCGUCAAUUAGAUGCAAUAAUAUUGACACACCCACACGCAGAUGCAAUUAAUGGAUUAGACGAUUUAAGAGCUUGGACAUUGAAUAAAGUUAUACAAGAAUAUAUUCCUAUUUAUUUAACUAAUAAUACUUUAGAGGCUGUUAAAACACUUUUUCCUUAUAUUGUUGAUGCAAAACAAGCAACCGGUGGAGGUGAUUUACCAGCUUUUCAAUGGAAUUUAAUCGAUCCAAAUAGACCAUUUACUGUUGAAGGAUUAGAAUUUAUUCCUUUACCAGUUCAUCAUGGAAAAUACUUUACAACAAAUGAACCAUAUAUAUAUGUUGGUUUUAAGUUUGAUAAUAUUACGUAUAUAUCAGAUUGUAAUUUUAUACCAGAAGAUAUAUUAACUAAAGUACAAGGGAGUAAAAUAUUAAUAUUAGAUGCAUUAAAUUAUCAGGAACAUUCAUCUCAUUUUUCAAUAGAUCAAGCAAUUAAUAUAUCAAGAAAUUUAAAUCCAAUACCAAAUAGAACCUAUUUAACAGGGUUUUCUCAUGCAGUAGACCAUUUCAAAUUAACCAAUGAAAUGAAACAAUUACAAUUAAAUGAACCUUUAUUAUGGGUUAGACCUGCUCAUGAUGGAUUAAAAGUUAUUAUUGAUAACUUGAAUAAAGAACAAGAAAAAAAAAUAAUUUAA